UUAUCUUAACUGGUGACUCUAGGGUCGGUAAAUCUAAUCUUCUUUCACGUUUCACUCGUAAUGAGUUCAAUUUGGAAUCCAGAUCAACUAUUGGUGUUGAAUUUGCUUCCAAGUGUAUUCAAGUAGAUAAUAACAUUAUCAAAGCACAGUUUUGGGAUACUG